CGGGGUCAACGACUCCGUGCGAAUAAAUACUUGAAUCUGCUCUAUCACGUCCGCUCUUCUCCCCUUGACAGGGUUCGACCCAUUUGGAACCGAUUUACCUCAGGAAUCGACCAAGAACGCCGCAAACAUGAGCAGGAAGUUUUUCGUCGGCGGAAACUGGAAGAUGAACGGCGAUAAGAAAAGCCUGGGGGAACUGAUCCAGACCAUGAAUGCAGCCAGUGUGGAUCCCAAUGUCGAGGUCGUAUGUGGUGCCCCCUCCAUCUACUUGGACUAUGCACGAGCCCACCUCGACCCCAAGUUCGGGGUUGCAGCUCAGAACUGCUACAAAGUUCCAAAGGGAGCCUUCACUGGGGAGAUCAGCCCUGCGAUGAUCAAGGACUGCAACGUGAGCUGGGUGAUCUUGGGACACUCGGAGAGACGCCACGUCUUCGGCGAGAGCGACGAGCUCAUCGGCCAGAAGACGGCUCAUGCCCUGGAGAGCGGUCUCGGUGUGAUCGCCUGCAUUGGCGAGAAGCUGGACGAGCGUGAGGGCGGCAUCACCGAGCAGGUUGUCUACGCUCAGACCAAAGUCAUCGCAGACAAUGUAAAGGACUGGAGCAAAGUGGUUCUGGCCUACGAGCCUGUCUGGGCCAUCGGCACCGGCAAGACCGCCUCCCCGCAGCAGGCUCAGGAGGUUCAUGAGAAGCUGAGGGCGUGGCUGAAGAAAAACGUGUCCGAGGCCGUUGCCAACUCAGUCAGGAUCAUCUACGGAGGGUCUGUGACCGGCGGCACCUGCAAAGAGCUCGCCUCUCAGAACGACGUGGAUGGCUUCCUGGUGGGUGGAGCCUCGCUCAAACCCGAGUUCAUUGACAUCAUCAACGCCAAGGCAUAAGAGCCCUGACCAGCACCUUCUAGCACUUGUUUUGUUUUUAUUGUAAGCACCUGAGUUCCAGCGUCCCGCUCUGGUUUAUCGUGUCGUUCUUUAGUCAGUUAAGGUCGAGAUGGCUGGACACCUCAGCACUGACGAAUAACUUCCAUAUCUGCAGUGACCUCAUGAGCUAACGUCAGCUGCUUCACUUGAACAGUCACUGGCCAGUCAGUUUCUAAUCUCGUCUCUCUGUGCGAUCAUGAUGUUCAGUGGCUUCCCUUCCUCCAUGUAGUCAUUUGUGCACGAUCCAUUCGUAUUGGCUUUGGUCCCUGCUGACCGGUACAGUGGUGGAGGGCAGUAAGGAAACUGCUGAAUAAACCGAUCAGAGA